GCCCUGAAUUCGCAUCUUUCACGGCCUGAUCUUCCUUCCGUCAACCUUUCACUAGAUCAGAUAGAAGCACAGUCACGUCGGCUCAUGCCACGACAACCUGGAGCGUGCAGCGAUGCCAACCGAGCAAACUACCUUUUGGCACAGGUUCAUGUUGAUGCCCCUGCCCUUGCCAACUCCAUUGCACACUUGAAUACCUCGACGACUUUUUCUCCCCUCCAGCCCCUCCAAGACGCAGAUGUCGCAGGCUAUCUUCAAGAAGGUUGGAGGGAAACUCAGGAGCCUUUUUAUCGUCUGCUUGAGGAGCGCAGCCACAAAGGCUGGGAGGCCAAAAGAGACGCCUUCCAUGGAAAGGCAGCGCUGGCGAGCGAGAUGAUGGCAUAUGACCGUGCAAUCAGCGAAUUGAACGCUGCAAGGUUGCGCGGAAUAUCUUGUCCUAUCAUCCAUCUCCUCAUGCAAGCCGCUGCCAGCUUGAACUCAGAGGCACGUAUUUCUCACUGUGGUCGAAUGUCAAGUCCCUCACAACAAAUGCUUCAAAACUUCCACGUACUUGCAAAGAUUACUGGCGAACCCCCUGCUCUACAUCCUGUGGAGCACGCAGGCGCUCACAUCUUAAACGCCCCGCUUUUCGAGCGCAAUACGCGCGGGUGUACCUGGCUGCAGCUCUGCGGACACAUAUUGUCAACGGCUCUUGAGAAGCACUUUGAGGAUCAGUUUUGGGAUAUCAUUGAACGCACGAUCCAGUCGAGACCUAUGGAAGCCCGCCUUGGAGGAGACCCUAGUAUAUUACAAAACGGACAGUGGGAAGAUCGGAUAGAGCUUGUCGCUGGUCAGCCUUUGUGGGCCAAGUUGUACUACCUUGUACGCACCGUUCACGCACAAGAGGCCCUUGAUGAAGCCUUGAAUAUCUCUCCAGUAUACAAUGCGCAUAUGUUGCAUUCUGCAUCUGCAUAUCCGCUCAAGCUUGUACUCUAUAAACUCAUGGGCAAACUCGAGCCUUCGCGGCGAACAGAUUGGUUGUGGUUCCAGCUUGCAAUGGUCGAUGAAGAGGAAGACGGUGGCCUCCGUGGGCUCACAGAAAACGCCACUUUCGACGGUGCAAAGAAGGGUGUGUUGUCUGGUGUCCUGCUCAUGGUCCGGCCAGUUUUGAGCGUUCUAUGGGCUGCACUAUGGGAGCACCCAGAAACAGACUUCGAAGCAGUUCAUCUUGCUAUUGCGCUUGAAUACCACGGGCUUCUACGCUCCUUCUUGCCAAUGCUCAUUUGGCGAUACGUACGCCAGUUCGUCAAGAUGGACGCGAAAGAAGCGCUACAAGAAAACGUAGAGACCGCUUGGGAGCUCGUGAGGCGCAUCAUCGUUCUCACUCACUCAGGUCCCGCCUGGGAAGAGCUUGUCGGUGGAUUCAGACCCGAUGGCACGCGAUUCCGUGUCAUCGAACAGGGUGUUGCCCUUCUCCAUCUGCAAAAACACCGCUUAGUACAACGAACAGAUCCUCGUUCGCGCGAUCAAGCUCUACAGCCUCGCUGGGGAUUCGGCACUGUCAUUUCAUGUCUUAGCCUGGCGCUCGGCAACACCCUGGCGCAGCCAGCAGGUGAAACAGAGAAAGGCAAAAUCAUCGAACGCACGGCUGUUGAGAUUUUGAGACAUUACGAGCGCACGAACCGGGGAGUGGGCAAGGAUCGAGAUGCUGCCGUAAGAUUGUUGCACAUCAGGGAAGCGCUCGACGCGAAGAAUCCUGGACGGUUUGAUGUUGUGCUGGAGAUUGUGGAGUCCACGGAUCUCAUUCCUCUCGAUGGAGAUGUUGCAAAGAUUACCCGGAAGGCCGAGGAGUUCAAGGACUUGCAUGAUGCCUCGCAACGCAAUAUACAAGUCUAUUUGCCGCUGACAAUGGAGGCAUUAGCGGCGGUUCCCCAAUCCAUCACUGCUACAGCAGAAACUACGAGGAAAAAAUCAAGGUCGCUGAUGGUAUUUGCUGGUAUCCUUAAGUACAGGAUGUCCCCUGGUGGAUACUCGCAUCUCGCGAGAUUGGAUGUCGAAACCGCUUUGUAAAAUAUGGGUAAAUCAGGUCAGGGUAGUAGUUCUGUAUGUCGUCGAUCUUUGUUUAUCAUAUUGUCAUGAAACCCGGAGGAAGGGACUGCUCGCACACGAAGCUGCUCACAUCUCA